AUGUUUUGGAAAGGUGACAGUCCGCUCUUUUUAUCUGUCAAAUUUGGUUUCAUUGGCAUUAGUUUUGUUUGUGCUACAAGCCUAAAGGCAAGCGAGCUGCGGAGGCCCACCGAGGUUGAUUCGAAUGAUAUCAAGGCACUGGUUGAGCAAGACCGGACGCUAAAGGUGCGAGAGAUUGCGGAGACACUUAAAAUAGAUUAUGGAACCGUUCAAAGACAUUUGCAACAGCUUGGCUACGUGUCCCGCUCUUUGGGUGCCGCACAAGCUGACCGAGGAGAACCUGGCCCCAACCGCAUGUCCAUCUGCAAUUCACUUCUGAAGCGGCACGAAAGCGAUCCGUUUCUCAAACGAAUAGUGACUGGCGACGAAAAGUGGAUCAUCUACGAGAACAUAGUGCGCAAAAGAUCAUGGGGAAUCGCUGGCGAGCCGCCGAAUGCCACCCCGAAGGCCGGCCUGGCCUCCAAAUGGAUCCCUGGGGGAUCCAAAGAAGAUUUUGCUAUCCAUAUGGGAAAAACGAUUGAUUCGAAGGUCUACUGCACGCAGCUAACGAAAUUGAAUCAAGCAUUGCGACAGAAACGUCCAGAACUGGUCAAUCGCAAAGGUGUCAUAUUCCACCAUGACAACGCCAGACCCCACACCGCAAUAAUCACUCAGCAAAAAUUAGUGCAACUUGGCUGGGAUGUUUUGCCCCACCCACCGUAUUCACCAGACCUUGCGCCAUCCGACUACCACUUGUUCCGGUCCCUGCAAAACUCCCUCAACGGGAAAUCGUUCGCUGAUCAGACAGCUGUAAAAACGUACCUCGACCGGUUUUUCGCCUCUAAGCCCCAGACUUUCUAUGAGAGUGGAAUAAUGAAAUUGUUGGAAAGAUGGCAAGAGGUCAUCAACAAAAACGGAGAAUAUAUCAUUGAUUAA